AUGCAAGGCUACCUCAAAUAUGCAGAUUCAAGACAAGGAGACAAUGUGGUACGCAUUUGGGUCGCAAGUAUUAGAGAUGCCGCUUAUGAUUUGGACGAUGCCAUCGAAACUUUUGUAUUAGAAGUGGCUUCCAGGAGGAAGACACAGUUACUUGCAGGACUUCUGGAUAGAAAAGACACAGUUGAAAAAUGGACUGCGGUGCAUAAGAAUAUUGAUGCAUAUAUAAGAAGAGGGACAAACCUUGGGCCCAAUUCCAUAGGUGAAGCAUAUGAAGGGGCAAAAGAGAAGAACUUUGUCCAUAUUAUCAAUUAUUCUAUAGCUGUGGAGAUCAAAGAAACACCAAACGGUAGAGUUCGAAGACUUGCCAUCUAUUUGGAUGAAACAGUUGAGGCAUGUUGUCCGGGGAGAGAUGAAAGAGAUGGACAUACUAGAUUUACGUAG